AGGUAGUAUUUGUUCCAAACUACAAUGUAUCCGUGGCCGAGGUGCUUAUUCCAGGAAGUGAGUUAUCACAGCAUAUCAGCACUGCUGGUAUGGAGGCCAGUGGCACAAGCAAUAUGAAAUUUUCCCUCAACGGUUGCCUCAUAAUCGGAACAUUGGAUGGGGCUAACGUGGAAAUCAGGGAGGAAAUUGGAGAUGAGAAUUUCUUUCUCUUUGGUGCCACUGCUGAUCAAGUCCCCGGACUGCGCAAGGAAAGAGAAGAUGGAUUGUUCAAACCAGAUCCUCGAUUUGAGGAGGCGAAGAAAUUUAUAAGAAGUGGAGCAUUCGGAAGUUAUGACUACAACCCACUCCUUGACUCCCUGGAAGGGAACUCAGGUUAUGGUCGUGGCGAUUAUUUUCUGGUCGGCUACGACUUCCCAAGCUACAUGGAUGCUCAGGAAAGAGUUGACAAAGCUUACAAGGAUAGGAAGAAGUGGCUUAAGAGUUCCAUAUUAAGCACUGCCGGAAGCGGCAAGUUCUCCAGCGAUCGCACAAUCAGUCAAUAUGCUAAGGAAAUCUGGAACAUCGAGGAAUGCCGUGUACCAUAAUUUGAUGAUAGUCCAACAGUUAAAUAUUUGUUUGUAUAAUUGUUUAUUUUAAGUAUUAUCAACACAAGGGAUCCACACAAAUCCCUCUCUAGUAGGCAUAAAUAAGUCAGUACCUCUGCUUCUUUAUCGCAUUCCUUGUUUGUUUACUACAAAUAUUUGUUCUGUCAGACAAUUAUUUAUUAUUGAAUGAAUGAAAAUAAUCUCUCUCUUGUA